AUGGCCUGCUGCACCACUAGCUUCUGUGGGUUUCCCAGCUGUUCCUGCGGCACCUGUGGCCCCAGCUGCUGCCAGCCCAGCUGUUGCCAGACCAGCUGCUGCCAGCCCAGCUGCUGCCAGCCCACCUGCUGCCAGCCCAGCUGCUGCCAGCCCACCUGCUGCCAGACCAGCUGCUGUGGGACCGGCUGUGGGAUGGGCUGUGGGACCGGCUGUGGGACCGGCUGUGGCACUGGCUGUGGCCAGGCUGGUGGCUGUGGAGCUAUGAGCUGCCGCACCAGGUGGUGCCGCCCUGACUGCCGCGUGGAGGACACCUGCCUGCCCCCCUGCUGUGUGAUGAGCUGCACCCCCCCAACCUGCUGCCAGCUGCACCAUGCCCAGGCCUCCUGCUGCCGCCCAUCCUACUGUGGACAGUCUGCCUGCCGCCCAGCCUGCUGCUGCUACUGCUGCCAGCCCACCUGCUGUGAGCCCACCUGCUAA